AUCAACUCCAGUCUCACACGUCACACCGUCAUCUCGAUCGAUAAUUUUUAUCUCAGUUCAGGCAUUGUUUUUGAACUUGUAAUUAUCCGCUGAUCAACCAGAGGUACCAUAACAAUAACAAAAGGAUGCUAAGCCCGAAACUCCGAACUAUUACCGCUGGCUUCCUGCUCCUAGCGACUGUGGGCUCUUCAACGUUCGCCAUGCUCCAGCCUGAAGCGUAUAAUCGGUCAUCUACUUCCUCCGACUCCAUUGACAAUAGGAAAGACCACUCCCAAGUAUCUUUUUCAGGUAAUGGAGAUAAGGUCCGAGGAGAAGGGAAUGCAGGGGGGCUGACAAGAGAGGAAGGGAGUUUAGUGGAUGUUAUUCUUGGUUCGGGAGGCUCUCGUGAUCAUGAUGUCAAUGUUGGAGUGGAUGUGACCACGGGGCCUACCGUUGCAGAUAUGUUGACGACUGAGCGUACAGCGAGUCUGUGGUGGAGUUAUGCUAGAGACAGCGUCGAGAUUGCCAAGAGACUGGAGUCAAAGCUGAAGAGCUCGACAGUAUUGGUCCCCGUCGAUAAAGCCAUCUUGGCGCUUGAAAAAAAACCGCACCAAUCUCCCGGUCAGACGCCAGAAGACGCAGCUCUCAAGUUUAUUAGUGCUCACAUUAUUGACGGAACGCCCCGCGAAGGUACUUUGCCUACCCUCCUUCCGAACUUUUCAGUAGAGUUCGUGAAAGAUGAGAGUGCCAAGGGGGGAUGGAGGGUCCGACCUGGAGAUGUAGAGGUCUUGGCGGAGAAGGACGGGGUGAACGGACGGGUCAUGUAUCUGGCAGAGGUCUUGCCUUUUCUGAACUGAGUGAACAUUUCUAACUAGGGAGUGGACGAUGUACCAUGAGGGUCUUGUAGUCUUGUCGUUUCGAGAAGGAACUGAAGUAUACGUCUUUAUGUAUUGGUAUUUGUAGCGGCAAUUGCUGAUCUGUUGAUCGAGCAAAGUGCAGAUGACGAUACUAUGGC